AUGUGGUCACGCACAUUCGCGCGAGAUUGUAUCACGGCCGCCAGGGAGCGCCUCACGCAAGCUCGCGGAGAAACCGCCGUGCCGCGGAAUAGUGAUGGGAAACCGGAACGUUUAAUCUCGCCGUACACAGCGAUAAUCCGUCGCAGUGCCAAUCCAUUUGAACUAGCUCACGUCCAAGCAUCCUGGCUGAUCGGCUCAGGGUACGAUGCAUACGUCGUGGUGGGGUGCGCUGAAAGAGACAUCUGUAUGGCCAUCAGAUACAGGACUGUCUGCCCGGAGAUACCUGACGAUUCUGAGGAAGUUGAGGAGACGCCGCCGCCGGAAGAGGAGCCCCGAUACCGUCUGGUGCCGCUCCCGGACCUGACGUCGAAGUACUGCCAAGAGAUGGAGUCGAAAGAGGCCGCCAAGGUCCAGGGAGAGAUCGACAAAGUGGAAAAUGAGAGACUUGCUAAAAUUGCUGAGUUAGAAAAGCCUCCUCCAGAUGAAAUAGACGGAUGGCGAACGCAUGCCUGGAUCCUGGUGCUGCCAGGGUUCAUGGGAGUCGAGGAACCGUUCUUCAUAGAGCCCAGCGAGGGUAAUGGAUACCCACUGACUACGAAACAUUACCAGCACAUUGAGAGUGUCUACAAUCACGAGAAUUAUUACGUGAACAUCCAACCUGAACCGGUGGAGGACCUCAGCUCCCUCUCCUACGACCUGAGCGAUCUGAACUGCUGGGAACACCUGCUGGCCGGGGAGCCUUUCUACAGAAGACAGUUCGUGGGGAUCGACACCUCUGACAAGCGGACUGCGGUGGAGACAGAGAAGCAUCUCGAUAUGCCGUGCAGCUGGGUCGAGAAGCUGGAUAUUACUGCUGAUGAAUACGAACAGCGCUACCCGGGCAGUCAUAAAGUGAUUCACUACAAAAAGGUUCUCCUGGAGAAGUUCUCACCAUACUCCCAACGCGAUGGAAUCGUUAAGAGGAUCAAGAUAUUUGACGACUAUGCUCUCACCGUGCCUUUGCACACGUAUGAAUUUUACAAGCAAAGGGAGGAUAAGAUGGAUACUGUCAGUAUAGACCACGUCAAUCGGAUGGUCAAGGAAACAUUCUUAGGCGGACGAAAAGAUCAUCUCUUGAAGCACACGUACUCUAUGGAUGCGCCACCGACAACAGUGGAGGGAGACCGGAAAGUAGAGUUUAACUGGUACGCACGCCUCGACCACCUCAGCAAACUGAUCUGCACAGCCUUGACCUUUGAGGAGCACUACGUUGAACGAGAAGACAGGUUGGAAUCCCGUGUAAUAAUCUACACGGAAGGUACAAAACAGGAACCAAAGCGUCAAGUGAAGGACAUCACGGAGACUUACAGCCGCAACCACGACAUACCAGCCAACAAGGAUGUCUGGAAGAAGAUAUUCCACAUCCAGGACAACACUAUAGAACUCCUGUACCAGUAUGCAUAUAACUUCGUCACCAAUGAUACAAGACACUUUAUCAAGCCCAAUUUAGCUGAAACUGGAGGCAAGAUUCUGUUCUAUCCAGAUAAAACUUCGGGUUACAUUGCCGACCCAGUAGCGAAGCCUCCUCGUAAUCUAGACGUGUACUAUGCUCUAUGCGAGAACAUAGACUGGGAGUAUAAGACGAACAAACACCUGAGGGACAGAGAGACCGAUUGUAACAGCUCUCUGCGCGCGCGACAGACUGAGUUGAACGAACCGGAACUGCUGGUCGCCCUCUUCGAUACGGAGAGAAACGAGGCGGCGAAAAAAGGAUGGACUGAAAGGGAACUCCAACGAGCCGAAGUGACGGAACGAGAAAAGGAAGCUGAGAUAGAUCCAUUGGCACCCUACUUGGCUCGGAUGUUUGGCUCUGGCCACGGAAUAGGCAAGCCCCUUACCAUCAAAGAGGCCACGCUUGUCAGAGAACAAUGCAUUAAUGACUUCAAAGCGAAACAACUUGUCAGACAAAAUAUUGUGCAGGAAAGAUUUGAUCAGAAUAAUGCAGAGUAUAAAGCGAAGAGACUGUGGUACUUAGCGAACCAGUUUAUUCUGACGCCUGAGAAGGAAAGUGCUUAUUUCGCUGCAAGUGCUGAACUAUCAUUCAAAGUCCACGCAUUGGAAGUGAGGCUGACGCGUCAUCGUGACCUUUCGGGACCUCGCUUCAAGGUGCUCAUGGACUACCUGGACAAGCACCCGCUUCUGAAGGAGUACAAUAAGAUGGCCCAUAGCUACCGAGGCUCUGAUAGAGGAAGACCUUAAAGAAUGAUGAUGAAAGCGGAGAAGAUGAUGAAUCCUCUUUUACUCAAUUAUUUCAUAUUGAAAGUAACUCAAAAUAUCCCUAUAACUUAUGAUAGGUACAAAACAACUUCCAUCACAAGUCUACACCAGUCUUUUCAAGUUAUCCUUUCGGCCUUACCGAAUUCAGAUGAAAGCUUUGCUUACGACUCGUAAUUUAUUUACCCGAAGCAUUUUUAAUUUAUUAAAGUUUUGCGUGUAGUUGUGAAUGAAAGCCACGAGACUUUGAAAAAUAGUAUAUGAUAGACUUUGAAAGUUGGAGUAUCACAAAUGAGUCGAUAUGGGCAGAACCAUCAAUUGCCGUUGACUCAUCUUCAUUAAUUUUACAAUGUUAACUAAUUUAUUACGACAUACAGUGAGUAUGAAAAACCCUGUCCGAUCCUUAAAGGGCUUGACGGAAAAUAUGUUUUUCUAGCACAGUUUAUACGACAAAUAUUAGAUAGUUUUUAGAGGUGUCAUAAUCCGUAUGAUGUUAUUCAAAAGUAAGUUAAUUGGAUGAGGAUUUUUUUUUCAAUAAAUAAUCACAAAUACAUACAAUCAAUAUAUGCUCUACUAAAACCCUUUCAUUAAUCGGACAGGCUUUUAAUACUUAUAUUUUAAAAGUUUCC